UUCAAAAAACUGCAAAUGUAAAUUUUCUUGGCGCAUGCUCAGUCACGUCCGAAAGUAAAACGUCCAGAUGAACAGAAUCAACUUUUCAACCAAAACGUAACUUUUCGUUCAUUCAGGGGGAAAGUAAUCACGUGACUUCUGAUCGAUCCCCAAUCAGAAAGUCUCGUGAUCAGUCCGCGAACACAAACCUCACUUCCUGCUGAAAUCACGUGUUUCGUGGCCGUCAGAGGAACCCACCAGACUUCAUUUAAAUUUCUGCCUAAUUUAUCGUGUGCGUGCGGGUGCGUGUGAGAUCCUGCUGUGGCGCAGCUCGUGUUUUACAGGUUUACCUCAGAGAACAGAUGCUGCUGUUGUCGUGUUACUUCCUGUCCGCGUGGCUCGGCGCGGAAGCGGCCCCGGCGGCCGACGAGAUCACGUACCUGCCGGGUCUGCAGAAACAGCCGAGCUUCAAGCAGUACUCUGGAUACCUGAGUGUGCCUGACGGCAAACACCUGCACUAUUGGUUCGUUGAGUCGCAGAACAAACCGUCCUCGGACCCGCUGGUGCUGUGGCUGAAUGGCGGCCCCGGCUGCAGCUCGCUGGACGGACUGCUGACCGAACAUGGACCCUUCCUGAUCCAGAGCGACGGUGCGACGCUGGAGUACAACCCGUACGCCUGGAACAAGAUUGCCAACAUGUUGUACCUGGAGUCCCCAGUAGGAGUCGGCUUCUCGUAUUCGGACGAUCAGAAAUACGCCACCAAUGACACAGAGGUGUCGAUGAACAACUACCUGGCCCUGAAGGAGUUCUUCCGCCUGUUUCCAGAGUACAGCAAGAAUGAGCUCUUCUUGACCGGAGAGAGCUACGGAGGAAUCUACAUCCCAACGCUCGCUGAGAGGGUGAUGGAGGACGCCAGCCUCAACCUGCAGGGCAUCGCCGUGGGGAAUGGGAUGUCGAGCUACGAGAUGAACGACAACUCUCUGGUGUACUUCGCCUACUACCACGGCCUGCUUGGCAGCCACCUGUGGGCGGAGCUUCAGACCUACUGCUGCAGCGACGGGAAAUGCAACUUCUAUGACAACCCGAACCAGAACUGCGUGGACCGCGUGGGGGAGGUUCAGACCAUCGUCUACAGUUCAGGUUUGAACAUAUACAACCUGUAUGCUUCCUGCCCAGGUGGAGUCCCGCAGAGACUCAGUGUCGAGCGAGGCCAGCUGGUGAUCCGAGAUCUGGGAAACUCGUUCAUUCACCAUCAGUGGAGCCGGCUGUGGACGCAGAAAGUCAAAAGUCUGGGGGCGCUGCUCCCGUCUGUCCGCCUGGACCCCCCCUGCACCAACUCCACCCCUUCCAACCUGUACCUGAACAACCCGCUGGUCAGAAAAGCCCUCCACAUCAGCCCCAAAGCUCUGGACUGGGUCAUCUGCAGCUCUGAGGUGAACCUGAACUACGGUCGGCUCUACAUGGAUGUCAGGAAACAGUACCUGAAGCUGCUCGGCGCUCUAAAGUACCGCAUCCUCGUGUAUAAUGGCGACGUGGACAUGGCGUGCAACUUCAUGGGGGACGAGUGGUUUGUGGAGUCUCUGCAGCAGCAGGUGCAAGUCCAGAGGCGUCCGUGGAUCUACGAAGAUGUGGACGGUCAGCAAGUCGGCGGCUUCGUCAAAGAGUUUGAUAACAUUGUCUUCCUCACCGUGAAGGGUUCAGGUCACAUGGUUCCAACAGACAAACCAGCUGCUGCCUUCACCAUGUUCACCAGAUUCAUCAAGAAGCUGCCCUACUGACCUCUGACCCCUGACCUGUCAGGCUUCUAGUCUGAUUUUUUUUUUUUUUCUCACACUGUCAACAAAUCAUCACGUCUCUCCUGUGUUGCAACCACAUUCCAGACCUCAGCCAAUCAUGUCACUCCUCUGGACCAGCUUGUCACCUGGUCAUCUUCUUGGUUGUCAUGGAAACGAGCACUGCCACCACUCUUUUUUUUCUUUUUAUUGUAAAUGAGAAAGUUGCUGCUUGUUUGAUUUAAAGGGAAAUAAACACUGAUUUUUAACGAG